UUCAGGAGAGGGAGGGUAAUGUGAGGGAUAAGGCUAGGGAGGAGGUAGACAGUAACUGUAGAGGGCUUGCACUAAAGUUUGGAAGCUCAUCAUCACUCAGUGAUCUACAGUCUGACACACUUAAAGAAGACUUCUCUAAAGUUCAGAAAGAACUUAGAAGACAAACUGGAUCUUAUGCUUCUAUAACCUAAACAAAGUGUUCACUACUGGAUUUUUACUGCUCUGAUAGACAGUGACAAGAGGAAACACUUGGCAAACUCGAGGAGUGAGAUUUCCAGGACUGUCAGGAGUUCAGAGGAAACAAUUUGCUGCAGUGGAAGCUUAGGCAGGGAGGAGCUGAAUUUGUCCUUCUCUCUCGGGAUCCCCUUUAUUUUUUUGACAGUUGGCUUGUUAUUUCUUUUGUACAAGAGUGGAGAAAAAGACAAGGAUACACUGAAAAGGAGAUCAUGGAAGUAAAUCCUAUUCCUGUAAUUACAGUCCAGACAGUCCCCUAUGAUGACCAGAAGCCAGGGAGCAAUGGGUUUAGAAAGCCAACAGCAGUGUUUGAAAGUAAAAGGAACUAUCUGCAGAACUUCAUCCAAAGUGUGCUGUCCUCUAUAGAUCUUCGGGACCGCCAAGGCUGCACCAUGGUGGUGGGCAGUGAUGGCAGGUACUUCAGUAAGACUGCCACAGAGGUCAUUGUACAGAUGGCAGCAGCCAAUGGGAUUGGACGAUUAGUCAUUGGUCUGAAUGGAUUGUUGUCUACUCCUGCUGUGUCCUGCAUAAUUCGGAAAAUCAAGGCAACUGGUGGAAUUGUUCUGACAGCUAGCCACAAUCCUGGAGGGCCUGGUGGAGACUUUGGAAUCAAGUUUAAUGUUGCUAACGGAGGUCCUGCUCCAGAUGCUGUAACAGACAAAAUUUUUCAAAUCAGUAAAACUAUAGAGGAGUAUGCUAUUUGUCCUGACCUGCAAAUUGACCUCUCAAGGGUAGGAAGACAAGAGUUUGACCUGGAAAAUAAAUUUAAGCCAUUUAGAGUUGAAGUAGUGGAUUCAGUGGAGGUAUAUCUCAAUUUACUCAGAACACUUUUUGACUUUAAUGCUAUCAAAAGCUUGCUUACUGGACCCAACCAACUGAAAAUAAGAAUUGAUGCCAUGAAUGGAGUAAUGGGUCCAUAUGUCCGACGAAUUUUGUGUGAUGAAUUAGGAGCACCUGCCAACUCUGCAGUCAACUGUGUCCCUCUUGAAGAUUUUGGUGGGCAGAAUCCUGACCCUAACUUAACAUAUGCCACUGGGCUUCUGGAGGCUAUGAAGGGAGGGGAACAUGGAUUUGGAGCUGCAUUUGAUGCUGACGGAGACAGAUACAUGAUUUUAGGACAAAAUGGAUUCUUCCUGAACCCUUCUGAUUCCUUAGCAAUAAUUGCUGCCAACCUCUCCUGUGUACCCUACUUUCGGCAAAUGGGAGUUCGAGGUUUUGGGAGAAGUAUGCCAACAAGUACAGCCAUUGACAGAGUUGCAAAACUAAUGAAAGUCCCAGUGUAUGAAACGCCAACCGGCUGGAAAUAUUUUGCAAAUUUAAUGGACACUGGGCGGUGUUCACUUUGUGGAGAAGAGAGUUUUGGCACAGGUUCGGAUCACCUUCGAGAAAAGGAUGGACUCUGGGCUGUAUUAGUAUGGCUCUCGAUUAUGGCAGCUCGAAAACAAGGUGUGGAAGAAAUUGUAAAAGAACACUGGACAAAGUUUGGGCGCCAUUAUUACUGCAGAUUUGACUAUGAUGGUCUAGAACCCAGAACAGCAUUUUUUAUCAUGAAGGACAUGGAGAACACAAUAACAGAGAAGUCUUUUGCCAGUCAGCAGUUUGCUGUGGGGAGCAAUGUGUACAGUGUAGAGAAAACUGACAGCUUUGAAUAUGUGGACCCAGUGGAUGGAACUGUAGCAAAGAAACAGGGACUCAGAAUUAUAUUUGCAGAUGCAUCAAGGAUUAUAUUUAGACUCAGUGCCUCAGGCUAUGUGGGAACCACUCUGCGAAUUUAUGCUGAAAGCUUUGAGAAAGAUCCAGGCAGGCACAAUAGGGAGCCACAGGCUGUCCUGGGUCCUCUUAUAGCUAUUGCUUUGAAGCUUUCCCAGAUUCAUGAGAGGACUGGCCGAAAAGGACCUACUGUUAUCACUUGAACACUUCCUACAAAAAUCACCCAGGGCCAAAGACAAGUGUGUGUGAUUGGGAGAGAUUAAUACUGUUUUGUUACAUAACCUACAAUAUUUUUCAGUAAAUGUUUAGUCCCAGAAGAAUUUAUAAUAAUGGUUCAUGUUCCUCAUAGACACUAUGUAAAAAGCAAUCAUGUACCCUUUAGUCAUGAAAUAAUGAGCCUUGUUUAUAAAGAAGUGUCAGUGUUAUUCAAACAUCCAAUCAAAUUUGAGCUGUGUUUUUUUUUUUUUUAGGAAGAGUAGCAGGGGAAAGGAAAAUGCUACUGGUUCCCAUUGGCAUGAACAUACUGCUCAGUGCUCACAUACACUUUUAAUACAUGGGGUUCAAUUGUGGCUAACAUAAAGGUGAACACAUUCAUUUAUCAGUACUGCGUGAAGCCAUUGGUCUUGUAAUGUUUAAGUCACUUUUUCACUUUUGAUGAAGAAAGAUCAAUGCAGAAUCAGCAUUUUGAACUUUACACAAACAUGACACUUUUUGUGACACGCUAGCCAUUGACUGAGAAAUAAAUACACACCACAAAUAUGCACAUUACUGUAUUUAAUGUUUGUAUCACUGUGAUAAAUCUCUGUGUUUACUAUUUUUUAAACUGAUCAAUUCCUCUUUCUUCCAAACCAAAAAAAAUGAAGACACUUUGAAACUUCAGAGGCACAAAGGCACCUGUUCAUAUCUGUAAAGCUAAUAGAAUUCUGCCUGCCAACAAUACUUUCUCAAGUGGAUGGUAGUGUGCUGUAUAUAUAUAGAAAAAGCAUUCAAUGGUGGUGGACUUUAAUUUGAUCAUCUGAAUAAAGUAUGAUGUUUGAAAUUG